AUGAAGGUCGCGAGUAUCAUCAACGCCCUCCUGCUCUGCCAGUCUGCAGCAGCAGCAGCAGCAGGAUCUAGCGGAUCUCGCAUUGCAGCUCCAGCAGCAACAACCGCGACAGCUUUCACACCGGGCGCGCCACCGCUAUUCGCCGGCGAAACAGUGCAGCUCACAGACAACGUCCUUCGGAAUCUCACAGCGAGUCUCCAACACGAGAAUGUGUCGAGUCUCUUCGCCUUCGGCGAUAAGCACCCCCCACCCCAGAGUCCAAGACAAUGCAAGGCCAUGCCCGGCGACGCGGCGUGGCCAUCACCGUCAACAUGGGAGCUAUUUGCUCAGCUCCUGGGCGGAAGCCUCCUCCGCCCCGCCCCGCUGGCAGCACCGUGCUACGCAGACUGGCCGGAGUACGACAACGCAACAUGCUACAAGCUGAGCAUGAACUGGUUCAAUUCGUCCAUGCACAUCAACCACCCAACCUCAGUCAUGAACCCCCUCUACACAGGCCGCAGCUGCAUGGCCUUCGGCUUCAACUACACCUCCACCUGCACGGAGGGCGGGUACGCAACCUACGUCGUGAACGCGAGCAGCGUCGCGCAGAUCCAACUAGCCGUCAACUUCGCACGCAACGCCAACCUCCGGCUGGUGGUCAAAAACACAGGCCACGAUUUCAGCGGUAAGUCCGCCGGGAAGGGCGCGCUGUCGGUGUGGACGCAUGCGCUGAAUGACCGCGCGUUCUACCCGUCUUUCGCGGCGGAUGGCGGGUACGUGGGCCCGGCGAUUAAGCUGGGCGCUGGCGUGCAGGCUUUCGUGGCGUACGAGUUUGCGAAGCAAAAUAACGUGACGGUUGUUGGCGGGGAGGGCGUCACUGUGGGUUUGGCUGGCGGGUAUACCCUUGGCGGCGGGCAUUCGCCGCUCAGCGGUCUGUAUGGCAUGGCAGCCGACCAGGUGCUGGCGUUGCAAGUGGUGCUGGCCGACGGGCGGUUCAUCACGGCGACCGCGACACAGCACCCAGACUUCUACUGGAUGCUGUGCGGCGGCGGCGGCAGCACGAUCGGCGUCGUGACCUCGAUCACCGUAAAAGCCUACCCACGACUUCCAACGACGACUGUGACAUUCAACUUCACCGUGGCCAGCGCGCCCGGCCCGGCCGCCUUCUGGGCUGGCGUGGAAGCGUACAUCGACAACAUCGAGCGACUCGUCGACGCAGGCACAUACGCCUACUACGACCUGGGCGCGUCCAGCUUGCAGCGCGGCACCAACUACCCCGGCGACACGGACUACUACCUGCGCAUCCAGUCACUGCUAGCGCCGAACAUGACCAUUCCCGAGACGCAGCGGCUGCUGCAGCCGUGGUUCGACACGCUCGAUCGGCUGCAUAUCGCCUAUACCCCGGUCUACCACCACGCUGACAACUUCCACGACGCCUGGAAACCCGCCUUCCCGCAGGAAUACAUGGGCGGCGCAAACACGAAGAUCGCGUCGCGGCUGCUGCCACGCCAGGCCUACCACGACGCAGGACUACGCCGACGGAACUUCCUCGCGCACAAAGACGCAGUGGCACAGCAAAAGGGCUACUCAAUAGCCGGCUUCCACCUAACAGGAAAAGGCAAAGCGGCCCCGCAGCCACCACGCAACGCCGUCCUCCCCGCCUGGCGAGACACGCUGACGCACGCGAUCGUGGUCGCGCAGUGGAACUCGAGCGCCAGCUGGGCGGUCGUGAAAGAGAGGUCGCUGGGUCUAACGCGCUGGAUGCAGGCGCUGCGCGACCUGGGCGACUCGGGCGUGUACAUGAGCGAGGCGGACCUGCUUGAGCCGGCGCUGCAGGAGGCGUUCUACGGGGCCAAUUACCCGCGGCUGUAUGCGCUGAAGCAGCGGUAUGAUCCCUGGGGCGUCUUCUUUGCGCUCACGGCUGUCGGGGCCGAGGACUGGGUCGUCCGCGUGGAGGAUCCGUUGCCGCUCUCGUGGAAUAAUAACGGGCGGUUGUGUCCCCGCGGCUAG